AAGCGACGGAAGCGUAUCAUCCAUAGUGUAAAGCUAAAAUGCUAGCGGUGUUUUGUUGUUAUCUACACGGAUAUUUUUAACUUUUUUAACUGCAAAGCGCUCACUUUUGGCUGCUUAUGAGUCUUUUUAAAAAUAUUUUUAACCUGAAAUAAUGACGGAAACAACAAGUCCACAGUUUUUUUCUUCCUCGUCGCCUAGCUGCUACCCCCCAGGGUCCCUCACCGACGCUCCCUCAGCAGAGAACCCCAGCUGCGGUGAGACUCACGACAACACAAGGAUGGAGGUAAAGCAGGUAACCUUGUACAGGAGGUCUGGGGAAGUAAAACUGCACAGCAAGAAGGAUGGUGUUUUAACUGCCCAGGUGGUCUCCAGCAGUAUAUCCCAACUUGGACUCUUUGGUACCGGGCUGCAGCGCUCCUAUCACAGCCUUUCUCUGCCUAGUCACAAUCUCAGUGACAUAUCUAUAUUAUGCAAUUACGUCUAUCUUCAGAAGCUGGAGCUGCCACAUAACAAAAUUAAAGAUCUAUCCUGCGUGAGCCACAUGCCCUACCUCGUCAUCCUGGACGCCUCUCACAAUGAAAUCUCCAACUUCUUUGAAUUCCAGCCACCCAAGAACCUAAAGGAGGUCAAUUUCUCCCACAACCGUAUGACAAAAAUGAAGGAUUUGUCAGCCUAUUUGUCACUUAAUACACUGAAUCUGGACCACAACAACUUCCGUGAGAUCAGUGGUCUUGAGCAAUGUUGCAAGCUCACCCAUCUCAGCCUGGCACAUAACAAGAUCUCAAGGAUCAGUGGACUGGAUAGUCUACCUGUGACACACCUCUGCCUUAGGGGGAACCAGCUGGAGAUGAUUGAAGGGUUGGAGAACCUGAAGAGCCUGCAAGUUCUCGAUUUGUCUCUGAAUCGUAUCAGCAGUCUUUCAGGCCUCCAGAAUCUCCACCUACUAGGCUCCAUUGACCUGGAGAAAAACUUGAUUAGUGAAAUUCAGGAGUGCAAGCACAUUCACAAUCUUCUUCUGCUGAGGGACCUUAAUCUGCUAAGAAACCCUGUGCAGGAGCAACCUGAUUACAGGCUGGCAGUCAUCUUCCUCCUUCAGCAUCUGACUAUGCUGGACCAGAAAAAAGUCACUGCUGAAGAAAAGGUGUCAUCAGUAAACAAGUAUGACCCUCCUUUGGAUGUGGUGGCGGCCAGGGAUCACAUGACCCACCUUGUGUAUCAGCUGAUGCAACCCCAGGUCCUGUAUGACAGCAGUACACUGCCCAGUCCAGACUCUCCAUACCCCAUGCUGGUGCUGACAGGUCCUCAAGGCUGCGGGAAGAGAGAAUUGGCUCACAGACUGUGUCAGGAGUUCAGCGAAUACUUUGCUCAUGGAACCUGUCACACAACUAGAGCAGCCUACUUUGGGGAGGAGAAUGGACUUGAUUACCAUUUUGUCAGUGAGGAGGACUUUCAGAACAUGAUUCCAAUGGGUAAGUUUAUCCAGACCUUGCAGUAUGGGGGUCACAGCUACGGUCUCACCAGAGAUGCCAUAGAGGAAGUGGCUAGAGAAGGACUGGCCUGCUGUGUGCAUAUGGAGCUGGAGGGUGUGUUCAGUCUGAAGAACAGCUACUUUGAACCUCGAUACAUCCUGCUCAUCCCCAUCCAGGUGGAGAAGUACACCGACCACCUGAAAAAGCGUGGACUCUAUUCUCAAGCACAGAUUGAUGCUGCGGUGUCACGUAUAGAGCUGUACGCAAACACCAACAAGCAACGUCCAGGAUUCUUCGAUAAUAUUAUCCCCUGCGAUGAUCGAGAAGAGGCUUACCAGAUGCUGAGACAAGCAGUGAAGGGCUACCUGUUGCUAGAGGAGCAGGAGGAAGGCGAGGACAACAUCAGAGCAUCUCCUGACAACACCUCCACAGCCUCAGGUCAUGAGCCAGAGGAGAAGCCACUCUCACCCCUGUUGAGGUCAGGAUCUGGCUCCCUCUCUGUCACAGCUCUUGACCCCUCCGAUCCCUCCUACAGAUCCUAUUUCACCAAGAUCCAAGCAGAGCUCAGCCCUCAGAAGUGCCCUGCUGAGCUAGCCUCCAUCAGGAGGCGUGAGCGACUGGUGAGGGAGGCGAUAGUGGGGAAGAGUCCAGGGGUCUACAGCCAGCUUUUCAAAAGUUCUGCUCAAACGGCAUCCUCAUCACUACAUAAUAAAGAUACUGGCACCCAUUUUCAUGAGGACUCCAGCUCUGAUGACUCUCGUGCCAGCUCGGCUCUGUCUGUGCCCAGUUCGGCCGGAGCCUCGUCUGUCUUUGUGGAGCCGCUUGAUGCCUCCGUCCUGGGACACACCAAGGAAACAGUCAAAGCAUCAGGCCAGCCACCAGACACCCCUCGUCCAGGAACAGAUCAAGCAGCUGCUGUUGUGUCUCCCACUUCUGAUAGACGCCCAGGGUCUAACGUUAAACCCAUCCUGCCACCGAUCCCCACUGGACGUAAGACCCCUGCAGCACCCAGUCCAGCUCCAUCACCCAGACCCAGCCCAAACCCAGCAGUUGGAGAGGGAGGAGAUGCAGACAUGGAGGGGAAACCUGAUAUCUGAAGUUGCUUAUAUUAGAAAUUUUUUUUUUUUGUAAGAAUAACAUUUUGUUAGCAUUAGAGGAAACUGAGAUGAAGUGAAUCAGUCAGUAAAUGUAUAUUAGUACAUAAUAUAUAUAAGCUUGGCCUCUGUAACUACAAAAGUUGUCAGUCAACCACAACAACCAUGUAUGUUGUUAUUUCACCACAAAAUACACAGACUUUAAUGUGAUACAUCCAGGCCAAACAGUUAAGAUUAGAGUUCACUGUCAGAACUUGCCUGUUCCUGUGUUCUUUCAUUCAUGCAGCAGCACGUCUGGAUAUUUUGCACUUGCUACCCUGUGUAUCCAGAGUGAUGAUAUCAAUGACCAUAAAUGCGUUGACUACAUUAUAAUUACAGGCAAAAUUGUGCUCCUCUUUGUAUUUAAUAACUGGCUUACUGCCCUAAAGGUGCACAUUGUUGACACACGUAAUGAUUGAGUUUCACACUGAUUGGCAAGCAUGUCUUUCAGAUAUGAUAUAUAUCGAAGGCUUUUGAAGGACACAGCUCAUAAAGCAGGUAUUUGUUCACCUUUGAAAUGUUCGCAUAUACCAAAUAUGUGCCAUAUGUCAUGUUUCUUGAAUAUAGCAUUAAUUUUCCUGACAAUAAAGUGGCAUUAUAUUUCCUACUGCUCAGUAAUCUCAUCAAAUAGGAUUUGCCAUUGACAUUUAGAUAGUGAUCAUUUAUGUGUAGCGUGGAGCUCUUGUCACUGAGUGAUAAAUACAUCAUUAAUCUUUA